AUGUCCAGACGGAACCAGAUUGGAAGAAUGGAAGAAUUGGGGAAGAAAAACAGCAAUAUUGACUUUACGAGUAGAGUUUAUCGAAAAAGUGAAACCCAGUUAUGGAAUCCUACCACAGUUUCGAGGCCAAUAUUCAUUAACGGGUUCUCAGUUGCUUUGUUCCGAAGUUCUAUUCGACUUCAUGUUUCUCCCAGGCAGAGCGAGGCAGGGGAAGAGUCGAUGGUAGGCAAGGUACGGUUAUAUGUUUUCCUGGAUUCGUUGCUUCCUUAUGAGAAUUAG